AUCUCAAUACGAUGACGUUCAGAGUUGUAUAAGAGGUCUCUAUCAUUCUGCUUCAAAACAACUCUAUGGACGUGAACAGAUGAUUGUAAUCGAAUCACAACAUUGGACGACUAAUAAUCUUUGUGCUAGGCAUCAUCUUUGCUAUUUCCAUAUCCAUUCUUGUAUUGUAAUAGCGUUG